AUGCUUCGCCGCACGCUGCGGAAGAGGGGCGGAUUCUUUCAGAAUUUCAAAUCCGAUAAAAAUAAUUUCUUUACUUCGCUGUGGAAUAAGCCACAAACCCGUGAUGAACGCGUUAAAAGUUAUGUGCCAGAGGUGAUUGAGGAAAGUCUUCAGGAACAGCGCGCCGUGCUGCAAGAGAAUACUGCACGUGAUGUUGUAGUUGAACUUGGUUAUAAAAUCUUGCGCGAGAUCGAAAACAAGCGGCCGACGCCGAGUAUCGCGCCACAUCUGGACAAAAUCCUCCAAGAGUACGGAUGCAAAGACCUUAUCGCCCAACGGCCACUAAGUUACUUGCUUUAUCCAUGUUCCAGUAUGAGUGGUGGGCACCAGCCGCAUGAACUGGUCUCUAACUUCACGGAAAAUUUUCGUGAACUUGUAGAAGAGGUAGAGCGCAGUGGCUGCUCGUUACGCGUUGGUAAGCGUGCCAACAUAAGUAAAACGACUCGAGGAAAGGACACAUUAGAAAAUGUUUCUGACGAUGCUGCCACCUUGCAGGAAGCGUCCUCGGAUGAUAAGCCAUCGGAUACGUCGAAGUCUGGACCUGUUAUAAUGGUGGCAAAAGAGGAGCAUGAACCAAUGGAUGUUACGCUCUUCAUAAGGGUGGUGUCUGCAAUGGCACUCGCCAACGUACAAAACGGUGAUUUGAGCAGUGCUGUGCGGUGUGUGGACGUAUGCCUGGAUUAUGUGGUUGAGCCUUCACGCCACGGUGGCCUACUAGGAAUGAAAGCGGGGAUUCUCGUGCAUCAGCGGAAGUUCGAAGAAGCCGUCCAAUGCGCAAAUGAAGCUGUUCAAGUAUCUGGGAAUAUACAGGGGUAUAUACAUGGGGCCUUUGCAUUACGUAUGUUGAACAAACUUAAAGAGGUGGUUCAGUUACUUGAAAAGGGGAGAGAAGAUCAUCCAAUGAACACACAAAUUGUUGAUUUGAUUGAGGAAGCGCGUAAAGACCUUGAGGAUAAGCCAGUAGUGGAAGAAACAAAGAAAAUUACCUCAUAA